AUGUUUAGAUUGAAUCAGAAAAAAACGCUUUCCUAUUUGAAAGAACUUAACAAGCUACCUGAAGUGUCUGUUAUAGGAGAUUAUGUUAAAUUUGUCAAACUUAACAUAAGUGAAGAUAACGAAUUAAUGGACAAAGACAUCGAAUUGGAUGACUCCGAAGAAUUGUCGUUCAUGAUAGACAAAGCUGUCGACAACUUUUUCAACAACCACGUCAUGAAAUUCAGCGCACUGGGAAAAAAUAUUUCUGUUCCGAACACAGUGGAAGAAUUCGUUGGUCGUAAAAAACGCAAGGGUGGCGGUGGCGGUGGACAUGGCGGAGGAGAUGAUGGAGGCAAGAAGAAAAUGAUGAUGAUGGCGAUGAUGUGCAUGAAAAUGAAACUGAUGAUGAUGGUGCCAGCUAUGAUGGGAAUGAUGGGCAUGAUGUCUUUCAAAGGGAUGAUGUUCAGCAUGAUGUCAUUUAUGAUAGCUAAGAUGAUGCUACUCAUGAAAAUUCUGGAGAAAAAGGGGGGUGGUGGUGGCGGAGGUGGAGGUGGAGAUGGAGGUUGGCCAGCAGGAGGUGGCGGCGGUGCAUGGAUGCCAGCAGGUUCCGACUACGCAGGCGGCGGUUCCGGUGGAGGCUACGACGCAAACGGCCAAUGGCAAAGCAGAUCCAUGAUCGAAGAAGCUCAAACUCCAGAUUUAAUAAGACCUACCAUAACAUACGUCACACCAAUAAGAUACACUAAAAAUAAAAAGGUCCUAGAAGGUGGACAACCAAAAUCAAGAAGCAAGAGAGGAAUUGUAGACGUUCUCCAAUACGCUUACACGUAUUGGUUGAACAGAAUAAUCGGCGGAACAAUAAACAGGAGGAAGAAACAGCCGAAUUACAAAUACGUGAAUGGCGUGAAAUACGUAUAUUAUCCAAUAAAAAUGCUACAAAAAAUUAAGCAGCACAAAGAACCACCAAUCAAGAGCGUUGAUGAAUUCAAACCAAUGAAUGUGGUUGAUGAUUUCAAUAAAGGAGAAAUUGUAGACGGACCAAUAGAGAGUAGGAUGAAUAAGAAAAAGUUAAUGAAGAUGAAAGAUGCAGUCAAUGAGAAUGUCGAGGAGAAUCCAUGGGAAUGA